AAGAUUUGAGUUCCUCCUGACGUUGCAAGGGAGGGCCCACUCUUCGAGCACCGCACGUGGGACCGUGCCGCGUGACCUGACCUGACGUGGCGAGACGUGUGGCGUGACGUCAAGAAACGGACGGACAAGGGAAACUUGCAGAGGGCGGCAAGUCGCAUCUUCAGUCGUCGCGAGGGCAUAACUGCUAAUAAUCCUACUACUGGACCAGUGCGCCGCCUCUUUUGAAAGAGGCGAGCCGCGCCCAUGCGCUCCCCUCUCCCCCCGUUCCGCCAUCCUGCCCCGCGAGGCUCUCCGCAAUCCACGGCGGCGCCGCAGCCGCUGCUGGCACCGUCCCUCACAAUGGUCCCGAUGGUCGCGGCGCCACUCGCGGCGGCAAGCCCGCCCGGUCUUCCGCCGAUCGGCACGGCUACUACGCCAGCUGGCUACACGCUGAACGUUGCCUAUCCCGCAUGUUACGCCGCGACUCCCGCUAUGGCUUUUCUCGGCAAUCAUAUGUUUGCCGCUGCUGCCGCCGCAGCCGCCGCGGCUAUAGACGCGCUGAAGCGGCUGGUGCCGCACCACGCGCGGAGCAACACGGCAGCGUUCCUCUCGGAGGUGUACGGGUACAUCGAACGGCUGCAGGAGAAACUGGGCCGCCUCGAAUCCAAGGCCGCUGCUCGUGCUGCUGCUGGUGCUGCUGCUGGUGCUGGUGGUGGUGCUGCUGGUGCUGCUGGUGCUGCAGUCUCACCUCCUGUUGCAGUGGAUAUGGUGGGGAGAAGCAGAGGGCGCACCUCAGCUGAUGCUGCUAGUGGUGGUGGUGUUGCUGCUGCUGGUUCUGCCGCCAAUGCGGCUGAUGCAGCAGCGCCGGCCGCUGAUGCUGCUGCUGAUACUGCGAUGGGCAGUGGAGGCAGGGAGCGGUAUAGUGGGGAUGAAGGCAGCGACGCAUUGGCAUGUGCAGAGAAGGAGGCACGUGCAGAGGCGCAGACACGUGCAGAGGCGCAGACACGUGCAGAGGCGCAGACACGUGCAGAGGCGCAGACACGUGCAGAGGCGCAGACACGUGCAGAGGCGCAGACACGUGCAGAGGCGCAGACACGUGCAGAGGCGGAGGCACCAGCAGCAGCAGCAGCAGCAGCAGCAGCAGCAGCAGCACCGGAGUCAGAGGGGGAUGCAUCUUUAGCAGUUAACGCUGCAGCACAUGGGAGGGCAGAAGCUAGGGGCACCGCUUCUAUUGCCAGCCUUGCUACUGCCUCUGGAGCACGUGUUUCUCUGGCGCCCCCUCCUGUCAAGCACGCCUCUGCUGCGGGUUCUGCCCCUGCUGCUGCUUCUGCUGCCGGUGUUGCUGCUGGUGCUGCUGGUGCUGCCGGUGCUGCUGGCGCUUGUGUGUAUACUGUGGCAAAAUCGAGUGGCAGAGGCGGCAAGCCUAGAAGGACGGUAAAGGCAGGUGGCGCCACAGCAGCAACAGCGGCAGCAGCGUCAACAGUACCAGCAGCAGCAGCAACAGCUGCAACGACGGUACCAACAACAUCAGCAGCAACAACAGCACUACCAACAACACCAGCAGCAACAACAACAGUACCAACAGCAGCAGCAGCAGCUUUGGGGCCGUUACCCCCUCCAACAGCUAGUCUCACCUUCCCAUCACCAUUCCCCACCAGCAGCACCCUCCCGAUCGCCUUCCCAUCACCCUUCUCCCUCCCCCUCUCUUUCAUUCCGCCCCUCCCCCAGCCAUCAACAGCCACGGUUGCAGCAGCAGCAGCUGAUGCAGCAGCCAUAGCACAGCAGUGGGGCGUGGCAGCAGCAGCGGCGCACAUACAGGCGCAGGCUGCUGCCCAGGCGCAUGCUCAGGUGCAAGCGCUGGUGCAAGCAGCAGCGGCAGCAGCAGCAGGUGGUGCAAGUGUUUCUGUAGCGCCUGCUGCUGGUGGUGCUGCUUCUGGUGGUGGUGGUGCUCCUGGUGCUGCUGAUGCUGGUGGUGGUGGUGUUGCUACUAUUGCAGAUGUUUCCACCUCCACCACCACCAUUAGCAGCCGUAACUUGGCUCCUCCUGCUAGUGCCGCUGCCCCUCCUCCCCGUCCUUCUCCUCCUCCCCCCCCUCCACCUUCCACUGCAACGUCCCCCACUGCCCCUGCACCUCCCGUCUCUACCAGUCCGGGUGAGAAUCGCUUGGGUGCCAUGCCGUUUGAGUCGACUCAGAAGCCACUUGCUGCUGCUGCUCCCCCACCUGCACCUCCUGCCUCCCCUCCUCCUCCUGCUCCUCCUGCCUUCCCUCCUCCUCCUCCUGCUCCUCCUGCCUUCCCUCCUCCUCCUGCUCCUCCUGCGCCUGCUGCUCCCCCUGGCACUACUAGUACGAAUGAACACCCCUUGGGCCGCCAUGCCUCUUGAAUCCACUCAUCAGUCCCUUACUGCUGCAACUUCCUGCCCUGCACUUGCUCCUGCUGCUCUGCCUGCUCCUCCUGCCCCGCCUGCUUCUAAUGCUCCUCUUACUGCGUGUGGGAUUUCUCUGGCGCUGCUGCACCCAUCGGUACUUAUGCGGAGCAGCACAGAAAGCAGUAGCAGCAGCACCAGGAGGCGUAGCGGCAAAUCCUUCACCAUCUUACAACCCACCCAACCCACCUCACCCCACCCCACUGAAGGAGCUGCGCUGGUUCUUAAAGCCUGAGCUCGUUCAUGCAAUGCGGUGCAAUACUGAGGGUUUGGGUUGAACCGCCCGAAACCAUCAGUGUUGGGGGAUCCAUGGUUUAACCAUUCUUAGGUAAGGUAGGUGUACUAGUUUAGAAGGUUACCAUAUAU